GCAUUUGUACAUGUCUGCUGUUUCUUCACUGACAAUAAAUGAUGUUCGUCGUGUCCCAUCACCGCGCUGCUGCGCCCAUUAUCUACUUCCUCAUACUUCAUACGUGCCAUGAGUGAUGGCCGUGUCUGCACAAUCUGUCAGCACCGGCGCGCGGAGCAGCGCUUGUGAAAAAAAACUUCAGCGCACCGAACCUUAAUGGUUAUGUGAAAACACGUGUCAUCCCACUGUGCCGUGACCACGACUGCGAGUCAUGGGUGAGGCUAAUGCUCCAAAAUUUAUGGUUUUCCCACAGGCUCGCGUGCGCAGUGUGCGUGGGGUCACUUUCGGCGUUUCUCGCCCUGUUGGUUAAAUGCGCAGACCGGAAAAGUGAAGCCAACGGACUUUGGCGGUCUCCACUUCACUCGGUUUCUGGCUGCGCGGCGGAGCUGCUGCAAACUUGCUGGAGUGUUCUUUCGCCGCUCUUCACCCUCCUAUGUGCCUUCUUUUGGGUCGGCGUGUAUUUAAUCCGCUGCGGGGUUCUAAUCCGGACCGCUCUCUGCCUCCUGACGCUGUGCCACCUGGAUGAAGUGGCGGCGUGGUCUCUCCUGGACGGGACGGAUGAUCAGCUGUUUUCGUGCGCCGCAGCGGCCGCGGUCGUGCUCUUUUGCGGGGCCGCCGGCGCACUCAUGGUAGCGCGACAGAAGCAGGGCAUAUCCGCGGUGCUUUUCAUCAGCAUAAUACGGACCAUCUCACUCUUCUCGCUGCACAAAGUACGCGGCACUUGGAGACCCUACGUUGCGUACCUGGUUGGAGUACUGGGUAUCCUGCUGGCGAGGUAUGCUGACAAGCUCCUUCCCGACAAAAAGAGACACAAGGAGGGCUGCACCCCCGUGACUGGAGCCAAGGAAGAGAUCCCUGUAUUUAAAAGGCGCAGGAGGUCCAGUUCUGUGAUAAGCUCAGACAUGGCACACAGUCAGCCCAGCAGUAAGUCACAUCGCCGGACCUCUCUGCCAUGCAUCCAGAGGGACCAGAUGCUCUCCCGCUCCGAAUGGGACCACAAGAGAGGUUCCAGAGGAUCCCAGUCAUCAGGGACCGCUGUCAUGGUGGACAUUGCAGUGAUGGGAGAAGCCCAUGGACUCAUCACAGACCUGCUGGCUGAUCCCUCUCUGCCUCCAAACACCUGCACCUCACUGCGGGCUGUCAGCAACCUGCUGUCCACCCAACUCACCUUUCAGCCACUGCACCGGCCACGCCCCACUCCCAUGCUUAACCCCAACGACGCCUCCACCUUCUCUGACUCAGAGGAGGGGCCAGAGAAAGGAGAGAAGACAUCUAUCCCUAAGCGUCUACGACGGAGUCUCCACCCUGGCCUUCUAAGACGGAUUUCUUCCACUUGGACCACCACCACCUCAGCUACAGGUUUGCCCACCAUCGAACCCGGGCCUGUACGAAGGGAUCGCAGUGCCAGCAUCAAACCGUACCAUGAAACACUCAUCUGCAGUUGUGGGAGGCCAUACAUCAGACUGAGCCAUGGGGAGGGCUCCAUAGACAAAGGAGACAAGAUCCCACACUCAGCAGAGGACCAGGUACAAGUGUCAUCAGACUAUGAUAGCACCCAUGAAGCCAAUCACAGUGACAGCAGUGAUGUAGCACAUACGGAGGAAGACACAGAGGAAGGGAAAAAACCCUCCCAGAAUGUCAUCCUCCACUCACUCAUACCUCCAGAGGAAAAGCCAAUUCUGGCACCAGAGCCAUUAUUAAUGGAGGAUCUGGAGCCUUUGAUGAAUCAGUUAAACAAUUGGAACUUUCCAAUCUUCACCUUGAUGGAGAACACCAACGGGAAAUGUGGACGUAUCCUCAGUCAGGUCUCUUACAGGCUUUUUGAAGACACUGGCCUAUUUGAGACCUUCAAGAUCCCUGUGAAAGAAUUUAUGAACUACUUCCAUGCCCUUGAGAAUGGUUACAGAGACAUACCAUAUCACAACAGGGUUCAUGCCACCGAUGUUCUCCAUGCAGUUUGGUACCUCACCACACAGGCUGUGCCCGGCCUGCCCAGCCUCAUCACUGACCACGGCUCCACCAGUGACUCAGACUCCGACAGCGGGAUAACGCACAGUCACAUGGGCUUCCUGGUGUCAAAGACCUACACUGUGUCUGAAGAUGGAUACGGCUGCCUGUCAGGCCUCAUACCUGCUCUGGAGCUCAUGGCCCUGUAUGUAGCUGCUGCAAUGCAUGACUAUGACCACCCAGGGAGGACUAAUGCUUUCCUUGUGGCUACAAGCGCUCCACAGGCAGUGCUCUACAAUGAUCGAUCUGUUUUGGAAAACCACCACGCUGCCUCAGCUUGGAACCUCUUCAUGUCACGCCCGGAGUACAACUUCCUCGUCAAUCUGGACCAUGUGGAAUUCAAGCGCUUCCGUUUCCUUGUCAUUGAGGCUAUACUGGCCACUGACCUGAAGAAGCACUUUGACUUCCUGGCAGAGUUCAAUGCCAAGGUGGGUGAUGAGCCAUCCACAGGGAUAGAUUGGUCCAACGAGAAUGACAGGUUGCUGGUCUGCCAAAUGUGCAUUAAACUGGCCGACAUCAAUGGACCUCUAAAAUGCAAAGACCUGCAUCUCCAGUGGACAGAGGGCAUCGUAAAUGAGUUUUAUGAACAGGGGGAUGAGGAGUCCAGCCUGGGGCUUCCUGUCAGCCCUUUCAUGGACCGAGCAGCACCGCAGUUAGCCAAACUUCAGGAAUCAUUCAUCACUCACAUUGUAGGACCACUGUGCAACUGCUACGCCUCAGCUGGCCUCAUACCGGGAAAGUGGGUGGAAAGAAACCCAGAAGCAGAGGAGGCAGAGAUAAUGGAGGAUGACGAGGAGGAUGAGGACACUGCAGAGGAAGAUACUUCCACCAGCUCAGAAACAUCACAGAAAGCAACUCCCAAAAAGAGGAGAAAAGUCUUCUGCCAAAUCACCCAGCACCUGCUAGAAAACCAUGAAAUGUGGAAGAAGGUUAUUGCAGAGGAAGCCCAGAGCCAAAGAGCAGACCCGGUCCAUUUCAAUAAUGUAGCUGAGCCCAUUCUGGCUAUUCAUGAAGAAGAAGAGGAGCCCGGCAGCAGAGAGGAGCUAGUAGAAUGGGAGGAUCAUGAAGACCCUCCAGAGGAGGGAGUGGAGGAAACGGAAUGACCUGCAGCUCCACUGUAAAGCUGUAGAGGGACCAGUAGUCAAAGACCCAAAGUGAAAAGGACCUAUGGGAAAACCGCUGUCAGCAAGGACUAGGACAAAAAUAAUUUUUCAUUUGUUUUUCCUCAUCCUAAUAACGGACUCCUUGUGUUUCCAGCACAUCACUUAGACACAACACUGUAGAUGUUUUGGAAAUGUGUGCCUAUAAAGAAAAAAA